AUGCUUGUCACAAGGCAGUACGAGACAGAGCAUAGCCGUUGGCCAUUCAGCAGAUACGAAGCAUCUCUUACUUCUACAAGCCCUCGCAUGUCUAAUCCUUACGAUGUCAAUGUCGAGCUGCCGGCCCCUUCGAGCUGGCAAGCACACAAUUCAACUACUUCCCACAGUGGUAGUGGACCUGCACAGCAACAUCAACCAACGAACGAAGCCUCAAGACUUUCCCUAAUGCGCCACCCGGCAGAAAACAGAGGCAAUGCUCUGGGAAUUCACAUGAGACCCGGGGCGACUCAGAUGUACUCACCCCCUUUCCAGACGAUAGACCGAGGUAGGAUGUCGUUGCCAGGGCCCAGGGACUCGGUCCUUCAAAAUGAUAGCUACGGGAUGAAACCCAGUACCGCAGAUAUGGAGGACAUGAUUAACUUAGGGCUAAUCGGAACCCCGAAAACUGCCACCAACAGUACUUUCGUGCCACCAAGUCGCCAAACAAACGACCUCUCGUCCACUCAAUCCAGCCAAAGAGCAAGAAUUGACUCACCACAGGAUGAAGAGGAGGACGACCUCGAUGAUGACGAUAUGCUUGACGGGGACGGAGAGCAUUCAGCCCAAACUCCAGCAGAAAGGGCGGCUGCUCGACGUAAGAUGAAGCGAUUUAGGUCAGUACGUGCCAAAAUCAAGCGUCUGAACGCCGAUGAUCGCGAUCGUAUGAUAAAGAUGAGAGCAGUCCCUGAGGGAUUCGACAACGUCCAGGCACUUCAUUCCCCCUACGGAGCAGUCCAUGGCAUGAAUGCCCCUAUGCCCUCACCAGGACAUUUCAAUACACAAUCGUAUGCCCAGCACAUGAUAAGACCCUUGAUCGUCGAUGGACGAAGGCAUGAUACGAGCGAACAUGCUUCUCCGACUACCAUGACCCCAGGAUUUGGUGGGAUGGGCUACAGUCCCGCCGGCAGUUUGACAAGCUCAGGUCUUGCAUCGCCGCUUUCACCAGCUCCGAGUGACCGAUAUCCAUAUGGCGGCCACUUCACAGCCCCUCUGACAGGCAGCCCGAGAACAUCGCACCCAUUUGCGCAAAACCAUGGGCUUGGAACUCCUGUUGAAAUUCACCGAUCGAGCCCCCAGCCCAUCCCGCCUCCUCUGCUUCGCGAUCCCCUCUGCAGGGCCAGAUCGGAAUCCUCACAGUCGCCGCUGCGACCCAAUAUGCCAUGGAAAGGCGAUGCAGUUGACUAUUCCUACAGAGGGGGGAACACAAGCCCGAACCUCUCAGACCGACACCCAUCUAUCUACCACCCUGCGCCACUCAGCAACCCCUCUGUUGCCAUGGGUGGCUACGAUGCAAACUCAGUUCCCGGCUCGAGGGCUCCUCCCGAGAACCAAAUCCACAGAACAGAAAUCUGA